AUGUCGACCUCAGCAGAUUUGCCCUGGCGGAGGGCCUUUCUGUCGGACGAUCAAGUGUUCAACAUAAAUAAUAACCUUCGGAGGCUCCCUAAAAGGAAGAGAAUCCACUUGGAUGAACCUCUGGCUCCAGUUAAGCUGAUGGUAACAAAGCGUUAUCAUACUCCAUCGCAUCAAAUACAUCAGUCCAGUUUCCCUCUGUCUGUGGCAGGUCCAAAGUCAAAGAAGUCCAAGACGCCCAGAAUCUGUGGGCUGAGCUUGCCCGUUAGUCGUCUCAUCGAAACGUUGAACAAGGACUCCCUACAAGACUUACUUCAACAAAUCAUCACGCAUCAUCCCGAAACGGCAGCAACCAUCUCGAAGGUUUCGUCCAAGGCAAACUUGGAUGACUCUGUCACCUUGAUCAGAAGCAAAUUUCAAAAAAUCACUGAUCAUUUGCCGUAUAAGUGUGAUGUUGAAAGUGACUAUUCUUACAUCAGAGUUAAAGUUCACCUCACAGAAUUUCUCAAUUGUUCAUCAGAUUUUAUUCUCACCUUGCUUCCGCCCAUGGAUGUAGGGUUAUCCUACGCAUGUUCCAUGUUGGAUGUCAUAACUACAAUGAUUCACAAUUUGCCCAACUUUUCCAAUAACGAGUUUCAGUAUACCAAAUCGACUGCCUAUGAACAAAUUGCAAAUCUGUGGCUCAUUAUUUUGACAAAUAAGGCUAACCGAGAAGAUGAUGGCGACGCUGUUUGCGAUGACUCAACCACAAGUACCCAAAAUGUGGAAAACACAUUGGAGUUUGUUAGGACGAUAAGAACGGAGGAUAUACUUGCAAAACUAGAGAAGCACAACGAGUUGUCAUUGGGAAAGUUUACUGCGGUAUUGGACUUCAUCAAAUCUGAAUUAGAGGCAUAUGAGAGAAUACACCAUUCUCUUAACAACAAUGGGAUCUCCCUUUUGAGUGACAUGAUCUCUGUUGAUUACUCAAAUUACUCGAUAACCGCUAGAACAAGCCACUAG